AUGUCUAUGGGGAUUUUUCCAUUUUCAUACCAAUGCCGAGCCUCUUUCGUUUCAGGACAGCCCAGCAUGAAAUUGGAAAUGGACAAGGCCGAGGCCAAAGGCGAGAAGUUCAUGAAAAAGGCCGAGCGCAAGCUUUGUUGGGAUCACCGCGAUGCGUUUUGGGCUUGUAUGAAGUCCAGCCGCGAAGAUGCCUCCCAAUGUGUAAAAAGUCGAGAGGCCUUUGAGCAGGCCUGUCCCAAAACCUGGGUGGCUCAUUUCGACCGCAAAUUCGAGUACGAGAAAUUCAAGGAGAACCUCUAUUCGAAAGGCUUUGAAGAGGUGGAUCAGAAAGCCACCACGUAGUGAUCAAUGCUCUACUCGACCGACAUCCAUAGACUCCAGAUCAUUAGUGAUAUUAUCAGUUACUACUAUCAUUAUUAUUAUUACUACUAUUUUCGCCAUUUCUAUCAAUAUUAUCAUGACCACCGUG